AGCGGGCCUGCAUCCUGCCUCCGUCUCGCCCAAACAUGACUGCAGAACCGCUGGUCUUCUCUGGCUCUCUAGCCGAUGUGUAUUUUGAUGACGAGGUGCCCGCCCAGCGCGAGCGGUACCAAGCCUUGAAGGAGAGCUUCCACAAGCGCUUCGGGGUCUGGCCUGAUUUCUAUGCACGUUGCCCCGGGCGAGUAAACAUCAUCGGAGAGCACAUCGACUACUCGGGAUACUCUGUUUUUCCAAUGGCGGUCUCUCGAGAUGUAGUUAUUGCUGUGGCAUCUCUGGAAUCGUCGAUGCCUGUCCAGGUCACAGUUGCCAAUCAGGACCCUCGGUAUACCGAGACGUCGUUCCAACAUCAGUCUGACUCGAUCGUCCACAUCGACUCCUCGGUGCACGACUGGAUCAACUACUUCAAGUGCGGAUACAAGGGGCUCCUCGAAAGCCAUGGCAACAUCCAGCCAAGGGGAUUCCGAGCCUUAGUCGACGGCAACAUACCGACGGGCGCCGGCCUUUCCUCGAGUUCAGCAUUCGUCUGCUGCUCGGCUCUCGCUACGAUGCAAGUCAACGGCAUCAAGCUCAGUAAGCUCGAGCUGACCCAGCGAGCCAUCGAAGGCGAGCAACAUGCUGGCGUAAAGAUCGGGGGAAUGGACCAGACGGCUUGUGUCAACGGCGUUAAAGAGCAGGCUCUGUUGAUCGACUUUGUCCCAGUCCUGCGCGCCACCCCGGUUUCUUUCCAGCCGGUUGCUUCUUCGGCCCCAGUGUUUGUUAUCGCCAACACACGGGUCGUUGCCGACAAACACGUCACGGCCCCCACAAACUACAACCUGCGUGUAGUUGAGACUCGUAUGGCGGCGGCAAUCCUGGCCAAGCAUGCAAACCUUCAUAACGUCGCUACAUUGCGUGAUUUCCACAAGUCAUUUAUCCUGGAUCAAUAUGGUGAUCAGAGCCAAGGUCUAUCGGACGACAGACAACUCCAGAUUGUUCUGGCGUACAUUGACACGAAGCUCAAGCCCGGGUACUACAGUCUCGAAGACGUUGCAGCAGAGCUCCAGACCUCGGUGGCUCAGGUACGGUCCCGCCUCGUUGCGGACGUUACCAUUCGAGCAUCUGGCUUCCAGCUCCACAGCCGCGCCAAGCAUGUUUUUUCCGAGGCGCGACGAGUGUAUCAGUUCCGAGAUCUCUUGAUCAGCAGCGACGAUUCCUCCGGCGACUUGCUAAAGGAACUCGGGGAGCUGAUGAAUCAGUCGCAAGCGAGCUGCAGCGACCUUUUCCAUUGCAGCUGCCCCGAAAUCGACGAGCUGGUCGAGAUAUGCAGGCGCUCGGGUGCUCUUGGCUCCAGGCUCACGGGCGCUGGCUGGGGCGGAUGCGUUGUCUCGUUGGUUCAGCGCAGCGACCUGGAUCGGUUCCUGGACCAUGUGCAGGAGGAGUACUUUUUCCGCAGAUGGCCAGAAAUGCGUGGCGAUGGAUCCAUUUCGAACUAUUUGUUCGCCACCCGGGCCUGCAGUGGGGCCGCUCUGCUGCCCGCCUGAGGUCCUCGUGGACCUGCAGCCAUGCUGUUGGCUGGGUUCGAGCAAUACAAUUCUGGGUCUGGGCUCGAGGGCUUGUCUCGGAGCAGAGCACGGAAA